AUGUCUCUUCGUCCUGCUAUCUUUAUUUGCGACAUUCAGGAAAGAUUCCGUCCAGCAAUUUUUGGCUUUGAUGAGGUUGUGCGCACAUCUCGGCGUGUGUUGGAGGCCGCACGCAUUCUCGGCCUUCCCGUAUAUGUAACAACCCAGAACAAAAAGGGUCUUGGAGACACCGUUGCUGAGCUUCAACCUCUCAUUUCACAAGCUGUUGUCGAUGCCGACAAGUCCAAGUUCUCUAUGUAUGUUCCUGAGAUUGCAGAAAAACUGCCCAAGGGCCUGCCGGUUGCAAUUGUUGGAAUUGAGUCACAUGUGUGCGUUUUGCAAACUGUUAAGGAUCUUCGGGCAAAUGGCCAUGAUGUUUACGUUCUUGCAGAUGGCGUUUCUUCUGUAAACCGUCUCGAAAAACCCAUUGCCCUGCGCCGGGCGGCGGCUCUCGGGGCCCACGUCUCCACUUCAGAGUCCUUCAUUUAUGAGGUCAUGCAAGACGCUAGCAUCCCCGAGUUUAAGCAAAUCAUCAAGCUUGUCAAGGCCGAAAAGACUAAUGUCCAAGAGGCCUUGGAAAAACUUGUCUAUCAUAUAUAA